UUUGUUUAUAUUUUGCUGAAAGUUGCCAAUAUUGGUUUUUGUUUUGUUUAUUUACAUAUGUACAAUUUUAUUUUAUAAAAUAGUUUUUUGUGGCUAAAUAUUACUAAAAUGGGUGCAAACAAAAAUUCAGAUCUUCAAAAAUGUGGAGAACUUUUAAUUGAUAUUGAAAAAAUUAAGUAUAAAACAAAAUCAUAUACAUAUCGCUGUGUUUUUUGUAAUAUUGAUUGUGAACAAUUAAAAAAAUUUACAAAACACCUAGAAGAGGAACAUUUUCUAAAUUUUGACGAGGUAUUAAAAAAUGAUCCAGUAAAAAUUGAAUCUGAAAGUUCUAGUCUUUCUUCUGAUCCUGAGGAUUUUAAAGUGGAUCAGCAAAUUUACAUUGUUAAGGCAGAUAGUGACGCAAUUAUUCCAAAUAAUUCCAUUGAUACUAAUGUGUAUUGUGAUCCUUUAAAGGUGAUAAAAGUAGAAACUAAUGAUUAUUUAGUGGAUGAGACAAAAAAUGAUGUAUUGAAAAUUGAAAAGAUGGAAAAUAAGAUGCCUGACUUAGAAACAAACGAGAAUGCAUCCUACGAUGAACACGAAAGUGAUGAUUAUGUUAUGGGCUUUGAAGAUUGCAACGAUCAAAUAAAAGACAAUAAUACUACAAAUUGUAAAAUUAAAAGAAAUUCAAAAAAGACGAAAACAAAACAAAGAAACUCUGAUGUAUCCGGUGUAAGCAGCAAUAAUUCAGAUGAUUCUGAUUUCGAUAUUGAAAAAGAAAAAAAUACCAAGAAAAAGUCUAAGAACCUCAAAAAGGAAAUUAAAAAAGAAGCAAAGCACAGCAAAGAGCCUAAAAAGGAAUUAGUCGAAGAUAAUGAAAAUCCGUCAUCAUGGCGCAUCUACAAACAAUUUUUACCGCUAUUUAUUGAACAAUAUAAAAAGUAUGAAGAACUUUGGAAGGUAGAUAAUAUUGCAUUCGGAGUUAAACCAGCAAGAUUUGAAAUACUUGGAAAAAUAGCUGAAGAAAUAAAGUUGAACCUGAAAAGAAACAUAAGUGCUCAAGGAGUACAUACUCAUAUUAUGUAUUUAAAUCGAUUAUAUUCCAAAGAUAAAAAACAAGAGUUAGUAUGUAAAAUGGAAAACAAGGAAUUUACGCCAGAAUCAGAUUUGUAUCCUAAACUGUCGUCGUUUCUCAGCGAAUGUCAAGGACCAUUCAUUUGUUCGAUUUGUAAUGAAAUGAUACCAAAGUAUGACCCCUAUUGUAUUCACUUGGCUGAACAUAAUGGUACGAAGCCAUUUAAGUGCACGUCUUGCGGAAUGACAUUUUCUAAAUUGCAUAAAUAUAAAAUACAUAAAAAACGUCAUCUAGGGGUAUACAAUCAUCAAUGCAAUAUAUGUGGCAAAGGCUAUCUUUUUCAAGCUGAAUUAAACGAUCAUCUAACUUCUCAUACUGGACUUAAGUUGUUUCUAUGUCCUAUAUGUGGUGAAAGCUUUAAACGACGCCAAUACUAUGCUAAUCAUAUGUUGCGCCAUGAAAAUCGUUUUCGUCACGAAUGUUACAUAUGUAAAAAGGGAUUCAUGUACACACAAGCUCUAAAAGCCCAUAUAAAAAGUCAUAUUAAAUUGUAAUAUAGAUUGAAAGUUUCUAUAUGUAUUUAAAACAAGUAGGAAAGUAUAGUCGGAUAUGGCCGACUAUAUGAUACCCUACACCAUGGGUAUAUUUUAAAAAAUAUUUGUUUUUCAUAAAAAAUUUGUUGAAUUUUACCUUAAUUUCGAUGUAUUUAAGCAAUUUAUUAAUGAAAAACUAAAUUUAUAAAAGAGGCUUUAUAUGGCAGUUAGGGUCAAAUAUGGGCCGAUCCUCAACAAAUUGGGAAGAAGGAUAUAAUUUUAUAUAAAGGUUAGUUAUGCUGAAUUUCAUCGCGAUACUAAUGGUUAUAAGUAAAUUUGUGGGCGUUUAGGAAAUUUUUUAAAGCGAGGUUUGUAUGGGGGCUGGGUUCAAACGACGGCCUAUCAUUAUAAAAAUUGGCAUGGUCAUUUAUGCUUAUGUAAAACUUGUUGUGAGAUAGUGACAUAGUUAUGAGUUAAAAACACAAAAUCGGAAGGUCAGGUUGUAUGGGGGCUAGGUGAAAUAAUGGACCGAUUUCAACUAUUCUCAAUAGGCAUCGUCCUUGUGCUGAAAAACUCUUAUUAAUCUUAAUCGACUAAGAAAGUGAUUCUGAGGUGGGUGUAGGACCAAUAUUUGUAUGCGUUACAAAAAUCAGCACAAACGUAUAAUACUCUCCCCACUAGUGGUGUAGGGUAUAAAAAGCAUGAAACGUCUACGCCAGAGGCGAUUUAAUCUGAUGUAUUAAAUGCCUGCACAAGACAACAAUAAUGAGACAAUUUGUAAAAAACUAUCGUGUGCGUCAUCAUAAGCACAGGAAAUUUUUUAGCAAAUUAACUCAUCAUUGUUGCCUUUAUUAUGUAUUAAGCAAGAUAUGGUGAUUUUAAUUUUAUCGAGUCGUCAGCAUAUUAUUAUUGUUCGAUAUUGAGAAACAUUUUAAAGAAGGUUAAUAAAGAGUUUUCUCAAAGCAUGCGUGAUAAAAAUUGUAAGAAAAUAAAGUUUUUUUUUGUGGUCCAUGUAAAACUUUUGUUUUCAUUCUCGGUUUUUGCAAUAUGCAAAAUGAACAAAUUAAAUUAUCCUAAAAACUAUUCAAAAUAUAGAAAAAUUAGUUGUGAAAUAGAAGAGAACCACGAAAAAACAUAAAUCACAAAACAAUUUGUGUUAUAUGGAGAAUUGAUGGUAAGGUGAUGUCAAAAC